GUGCAAUCCACUGGAGUAAACUUGAACUCUGUUCUGGUUCUGUGGUUGCAUUGCUGCAAUAUCUUGCGUGUUGGGCUGACAGUGUUGAGGUCGACCAUCAUCCCACAAUGGCAAACCUAUCAAAACCAUCUCAAAGAGCGAGUACGAAACACUCCAGUCAGUAAAAACGAAGCCGAAGACAAAAAGCAGUCAUCAUCGAUCCAAUUCUCUCACAUUCGACGUUACAUCCCCGGAUUUAAAUCUCCUAUCACCAACACUCUCCCUCUAACCAAGCCUCUCCAGAGAGCCAAUCUUGUUUUCCAAUCCCUUGGCAUUGCAUCCUCAGCGCUCACGCCAAGCAAAAAUAGCAUCAUCACCCGCUCCAUCCGCCCCCAACUCUUCAAAUACCAAGACCGUUCUGACGCACUUGUCUGUCACUAAUCUUUUUGCCACUGACGUACGCCAUAACCGCUAGAACUGUCUAAUAAAACAGACUGAAUGCCCCUGAGUGAUUUAAUGGUGCUUUUUGUCUCCUCUGUAGUGUUUUUGUAAAAUAAGCUUAUUUUUAAGCUUAUGCACGCCAGUUCUUCUCACAAUGGCGACGACAUCGAAUAAUGUGUCGACUACAGAAAAUACAACGCUCUCUUCUGCUCCGAGCACACCGUCUAUGCCGAGCAAAAAUGAACAGCCCGAUACUAUCGCCCGUGGUCCUCCGCCAUUGCCGUAUAACCUCCACGAGCACAAGCUCAUGAUCUUUCUGUUCUGGUUCCUCAUCUUAACCGAAUGCACACUCAUCCCGAUUAUCUUUUACUUCACAAUCUCAAACCUGACCGAUUUACGUCCGGGCGCUAUGUUUGCCAUCAUCACGGCAAUGUUUGGGUUUAUAUCAGGUGGAGAAUAUGGUCUUCGCGGUUUACGGCUUGCGUUGAAGCGUGAUACUUAUCGUCCUCUUAACGGUGCAGGACGAUGGAGUUUUGAUACGGUGCAUCUUGUUCUCGGUCCACCGUACUUUGUCAUGACGGCUCUUAUGAUUGGGUUCAGCAUACCUGAUCCGCCGAUGAUGAGGGGUUUGAGUAUCAUCAUGCCGGUCGGUAUACUAAUGGUAACCACAUACAUGAUCUGGACCGGGAUAGCGUAUCAUUUCGGCUGGAGACUUCGCUGGCACCGCUUAAGCUCCCACGUCAUCGGCGACAAAUAUCCUCCCCUCACAUUUACGAUCAUGGAGGAUAUCACAGCUUGUGAUGGGGGUGGCGGGAAGGAGUAUAGAGAAGCUGCUAUGGCGCGAUAUAACGCGUCGCCGAGGUUUAGAAGGAUGCUUGUUGAGAUGCUCUGGGCCUGGGCGAUUACCGGGUCGGUUGUGAGCAUUGUUUUGAUCGUGUUGGCUUGGGUGUUGCCUGUUGAGGUUGGAUAUACGCUGGGAUGGGCAGUUCCGUCGGUUUGGGGAGCGAUUGGGGCGUGGAUGACUAUUAAAUGGGGGCAGAGAUCAUUACGGAUAGAAAAGGAGAAUUGGAUGAAGGAUCAUAUGCCGAAUGCAUAGAUUGCUUAGAAUAGAUGUGUACUAGAUAUCUGUCCUAGAAAUAUACUUUUUUUUAUGCUAUA